UUUGUUUUUCUUCCCCGUCAUCAAUCUUGUUCAAUUAUCAACUACAUUUUGGCUCUUCGGGCAAUUUCCAAGGCUUCAGGAUGGCCUUACCUCCAGAGCAGAUCAACAUCAAGCGUCGCCGCGAAGAAGAACCGGUGGACACAUUGUAUAUCCAGUCUGAACUCCAUCAGACCAAGCGGCGUUUUACGGACUUUGUCUUCCAGCGGGUCCAGGUCAGUGGCAAUGCUCGGGAGAGCGGCUCCUCGAGCCCUGCGUCCCUGGCUGCACCGUCCCGCACGCUCCUCACCCCUCGGUCUGUGAGUAGCUCUGCGUUUCCAGCUUCCAGAGGUGCUGCUCGUCCUUCGGGCCCGGGGGCGGGCGUCGGCGCCGGCGCGACCGUGCCUCUGGUUCGAGCUACUUCCCCUGGGGCUGAGUUUCGGGAGGAACAGCGCCUCGCUGCUGUGCGCAAGGCAGCGGGGGAGAAGCUCCAUCGUGCCCUGCAUUCCUCGAGUGUGGUGGCGGGUGCGGAUCUGGUCGGUUCUCCUGCUGUUGACGGUGCGCGGGAGUCUUCUGUGUCGAGCGGGAGGGAGAGUCCGGUUUCCGCAUCGCCACGGUCUGUUCGUCGGUUCCAGAUUUCCAGGUCCAAUACACCUGUGAAUGUUCUGCGGAGCGCGGGUGGCGGCGUGCAGAAGCGGCGAGGUGAUGGGGCGGUCGCGGUGCUGGUGGAGAAGUUACGGCGGACUCCGCAUUCAAGGCAGGCGUCGUUGGUGGCCGAUGCGGCGGCGCAGACCGCGACGGCGGAGGGGGAGGUCCGCGGUGUGAGUGUCCCGGAACCGGAGCCGGAGCCUGCGCGGCCCAGGAAACGGCCUGUAGUCAAUCAGGCGGAGAGGAAAUGGAGAGAGGAGCGGAAGACUGCCAUCUCCGCUGCGAAGGAGCACAUUACGCAGGUUCUGGAGAAGGAGGCGCAUGCUCGCAAGAGUAACUGGGAGGAUGAGUCCGAGCGACUGGCUCGCGAGUUUGAGCAGAUUGCGCUUGAGCUUGAGGGAGGUAUGGAGACGGAACCGUCGGUGCAGCAGCCAGUAGCGCAGCCGACAGCACGUCCUAUCAUCCCCAAACCUCCGUUGAAGUACCAGCCGCGCACACCUAAUAAACCUCGAGGGACGGCGCCGCGAGAAACGAGCGUUCCUGCAGGUCCCGACGUCCGGCCUCCGGUAGAAGCCAUUGUGCAAGAGGAGGACGACAGUGACGGCGAGUAUGUCUACGAUACUUACAUUCGACGACCGCUGCCGGAAGGGACGCUAAUUACGAACCCGCUGGCCGAUCUCGAAACGGCCCACCAAAAGUGGCUCCAACAGAAUGGAAUCGACACCAGUCGUCAGGAUAUUGGAGUCAUUGUCAUUACGCAAGAGGACGAAGAGUACUGGGAACAUUUUGCAGAGGACGACGAGGAUGAGGAGUGGGAUAGCGAGGACGCAGACUCGAAUGCCGAAAACAACCCCGCAAACGACUAUCCGGACGAGGACCUGUCGUGGGACGAUGAAGAAGACGACCCCACAGCCAUCUACCACAAAUAUCGAACUCAUGGCGCGUCUGACGACGAGGAAUUCGACUCUGCGGAUUCAGCAAAUGAGGGGCGGCGCGCAGGCCGGGUUGGAGUUGGAUUUGGAUUUGGGCUCGACUCGCACGUGGAUUCUGACGAGGACAGCCUGGACGGCGACGGUCCCAAUCACGAUCGAAUGCGACGGUGGUAGCCAUUCUGACAAGUGCCGCCCUCCCAGAAUCGGGUGGCUGCAUUCUGCAGCUUCCAGUCGAUUUCAAGAUGACUUGCUUGCUUGGUGUCCCGGAAUGCAAUCUGUCUGGUCGUGAUAACGAUCAUCCUCUUCAUUGUCAACUUACACCGAAAUUAGCCCCCAAAUACCAAGACCCGGUGACCUCGGGGAAAACCCAAAUCCACAACUGUAAAGAAAAACAAAUCAUACUAUCGUAUCUGCAUGAGCAUCAGCAUCAGCAUCAGCGUGGGCAUGAGCAAUCACCGUAGCGUAGCGUCAGUGCCAGCCAGCCAGUACACAGGCCCCCCACUUCUCUUCAGCCAAGCACGUAUC